AUGCCCAACGCAAUCCUGGGGAAGCGAGGCAAAGAGAUUAUGUCUGGGCAAGAGGUUCGCCAGGCUAGCACCUCAGCAAGGGCCUCCUCUCAACAGUCGGGUGACCUUAAGUCCCCCGAAGAUGAAUCACUUCCUAUCGAGGCAACUGCUGAUGAGAAGGCUUCCUCUCCAGCUCCCGAGCAGCGCUUGCGCCUUCAAUGCAAGAGACGACAGUCGGAGAAGGUGCGGUCCUUGAAGACCGCCUUCAAGACCAAUGAGUCCAGGCUUAAGUCCGAGGGUCUGAGGCGCGUCCAGAUCCUGGCUGACUUGGAGGCGAGGGACACAGAGGUUACCAGCCUCUCCUCCCAACUACAAGAUCUCCAAAAGGCACAUGCCUUCCUGCGGACAGACCUGGCGGAUAUAACGGCAAAUCUAUCUGCUAGCACCGAUCGGGAGGCCACUCUUCAGAAGCAAUUGGAUGUGGCUCAGGCUACCCUCAAGUAUGUGCAGGCGAAGCUUUCGGUGGCCAAGGUAGAGACAACGGCUGCUAGCCAAGAGUUGGCUAAGGCACGGGACGACACAAACAAGGACAGGAAAGAGCUUAAGGACUAUUAG